AUGUGGCGGGGCGUGCGGUGGCGCGGCGCGGCGGCGCUGGCGCUGGGCGCGCUGCUGGUGUGGGCGUGGGCGCGGCGGGGCGCGGCGCGCGGCGCGGCGAGGCGCGCGGGCGAGCGCGUGGAGGGGCGCGAGCUGCCGCUCAUCUUCAUCGGCGGCGUGCCGCGCUCGGGCACCACGCUGAUGCGCGCCAUGCUGGACGCGCACCCCGACGUGCGCUGCGGCCAGGAGACGCGCGUGGUGCCGCGCAUCCUGCAGAUGCGCCAGCACUGGAUGCGUUCGCAGAAGGAGAGCAUGCGCCUCGAGCAGGCGGGCGUCUCCAAGGAGGUGCUCGACAACGCCAUCGCCGCGUUCUGCCUCGAGGUCAUCGUCCGCCACGGCGAGCCAGCCCCGCGCCUGUGCAAUAAGGACCCACUCGUCCUGAAGAUGGGCACUUAUGUGCUGGAGUUGUUCCCCAACGCCAAGUUUCUCUUCAUGGUUCGUGAUGGGCGAGCGACUGUUCACUCAAUUAUAUCUCGAAAGGUGACCAUCACUGGGUUCGACCUAUCGAGCUAUCGGCAGUGCCUAACGAAGUGGAACCACGCGGUGGACCUGAUGCAUCAGCAGUGCAAGCUGCUGGGGCCGGCGCAGUGCCUGCUGGUGCGCUACGAGUCGCUGGUGCUGGCGCCCGCCGCCACCAUGCGCCGCGUGCUCGCCUUCCUGCAGCUGCCCUGGCACGACGCCGUGCUGCACCACGAGCGCUACAUCAACCAGCCCAACGGGGUCGCACUCUCCAACGUGGAGCGCUCUUCGGACCAGGUGGUACGGCCGGUGAACCUGGACGCGCUGGACAAGUGGGUGGGCCAGCUGCCGGCGGACGUGCGCGCCGACAUGGCCGAGCUGGCGCCCAUGCUGUCCGUGCUGGGCUACGACCCCUGGGCCAACCCGCCGCGCUACGCCGCCUUCGACCCGUCCGAUGCGGGCGCUGCGGUCGACGCGGCCGACGAGCACGAGCCCCACCCCGCCCGAGAGGACGAUGCCGCCGAACACGCGCCCCCCCCCCUAGUA